AUAUUGAAACCAGAGAUUGGAGGAAGAAGAAAAAACCGAGUCAUGUAGUUGGGUAUAAAAGCAAGUGGCCUAGAUCACCUCACACCAAAUCACUUUCACUGUUUGUGGCGAUCGCGCGUGUUUUUAAGGAGAUACGAUUUAUUCGUGGUUUUUUUUUUAAGUGUUAAUUGGUUAAGUGGACAAUUAUUUAGUGAGGAAGAAUGAAGGUGCUCUCUGUGAUCUUAUUGUGCGCUGUGGCGAUGGCUGCUGAUAACAAGGCACCACCCACUGAGGAUGGAAUUAAGAUCUACAAGCGUCUCAUCCCUGCAGAUGUUCUUAGAGACUUCCCUGGAAUGUGCUUUGCCUCCACAAAGUGCGCCACAGUUGAGCCUGCAAAAUCAUGGGAUCUCACACCAUUCUGCGGACGCUCAACCUGCGUCUUAUCUGACGAUAAAGAACCAAAAUUGCUGGAAUUGGUGGAGGACUGUGGACCCCUGCCAUUGGCCAAUGACAAGUGCAAAUUGGAUACUGAGAAGACCAACAAAACAGCUCCAUUCCCAUACUGCUGUCCCCACUUCACGUGCGAAGAUGGCGCUAAGUUAGAAUAUCCCGAUUUCAGCAAGGGUCAGGAAGCUCCUCCAGCUAAAAAUUGAUUUGCUCACCCCAUUCCCCUGUAUCCUCAGUUUCCAUCCACUGAAAAUGACGAUGUACACCCCUCGAAUUAUUUAGAUCCCAAUAAAACACACCAUUACAUUGUC